AUGGAUAUAUUAAAUAAAUAUAUUGAUUCUGACAUAAAAACAUUAGAAAAAAAUUUAGAUGAUAUAUUUUUAAAUAUUUUUAAAAGAGAAGUUUUUUCUGAAAAUGGAUUUACUGAUUUAUACGUGACUUUUUUAGAAAAAUCUUUUUUAACGUUUUCGAAACAUCAACGGUUAGCCCAAUUUACUAAACGAUUUUUAUCUAAUUUAAAGAACACUACUAACGACUUGUCUACAGAAGAAAUACUUCCUCUUAAAGCAUUACAAGAAUUUUCCAGAGUUUUAGUACCAUUGUCCAGCCAACAUUCCAUAGAUCUUAUGAAAGUGCUGGUUAAUGAAUUGGACGAAUCCUGCAAGAUUAUUACGGAAGAAAAAAAUGCUGUUCAAAAUAUGAGAUUAACAAAAUUACACGAUGACAAUGAAAAUAUAAUUGAAUCAGACGCAGACAUUAUUUUUUCAUAUUUAAAUUCAAACAUAUCGAAAAUAAAUUUAUUAGAAUCUGUAAAAGUUGAGGACAUUACUUUAUUGAUGAAUGUUUUGAAUUCGAAACAAAAAAAAAAAUUAAUUAAAAAAUUACUGAACAAAUUAUUAAAAUAUAAAGAUAAAGAUAAAGUUGUGAAUUGGUUAUCCAAUCCAAAAUUAUUAGAAAAUUCAGAGUUUAACAAAUAUUUAUUUGAAGGAUUAGUUAAUAAAGUAAAUGUAAUUUUUAAAAAAUUAAUUAAAAAUGAAAAUCUCAAUGAAUCAAUUUUAAACAGCGAAUACUUUGAUGAUGAUUGUAACGUUAACUUAAGUAAUGAGAAAAAAUUUACUCAUAAAUUAAAUUUAUUACUUUUGAGUAAUAAGAAAAUAUCAAAAAUUUUUAUUAACAAUUUGGAAAAAAUACAAUCGUUUGAAUUGAUAAUAGAAAUAUUCAUAAAACUUCCUUUGAUUUACAUGGAAUCGAAUUUGAAAAAAUUAGGACUUGCAUUUACAAUUCAAUUAUCUAUAAUAUGUUGUCAUAAUGAAUCAUUAACUGAAAUUUUAUUUAAAAAAAUAUGCGAAUAUUUGGAUACGAAUGUUGAUGUUGCCUCUUGUUUCAAUAUGGGCCUAUGCCUGAAUUGGUUAAAUGAUCUUCCGAUUGAAAAUUCAUCCAUUAACAAUCUUAAAAUAAAAAUAAUUCAUAGAUUGGUAAACAUAUCAUAUAAUUCCAAACGAGGACUUGGUCAAAUAGAAGUUAUUAUUGAUUCAAAUCAAUUAUUUAAAAGUGUUGAAAAAGUGGAAAAAUUAAAAAAUGACGAAAAAGACGAAGAAGCAGCAUCGUUUUUGUUGACUUUAUGUACAUUAUAUCCGAAAAUUAGAAAACAUUUACCGGAAAAUAGUUUAUACGAAAUGUGGUCUGCAUUUAAAAAUUAUGAAAAAACAGAUUGGAAAAUAUUUGCAUUAAAUAGCAACGAGAUGGAAUUUGAUUAUAUUUUGAAAGAUUUAAUUAACGAAACAAAAGUUGUUCUGACAACGCAAAUGUUAAAUACGAUAUCAGAUGUGAUGCUCGAAUGCAUUCACGAUUUUACUCUGACUAAUAAAGAUUUUCACGGUUUAUUCACAAAGGAAAUAGAAGGAGUUAUAUCGUUACUUUUAAAUCAUUUUGAAUGGAGCAAAUGUAAAAUUCAUAUAUUUUUCGCUUUGUUUAAACAAAUGUGUAAUGAAUUGACGAAAAGAAGUGAUUCUUCAUUGCCAACAUCGACCGAUGAUAUUACUUAUUUAUCAGGAUGCGCUUAUGCAUUGGAAAAAUGGGUGGGUUUUAUGAAUAAAACAAAAAAAGAUUUUGCUAGAAUCACGUCUUAUUUUAUAGCGGCCAUAAUAUCUUGCAUAACAACCGUCACCGUUCUCGCACCGAUUAAGAUUCAUCUCGUGAAUUGUUUAAAUCAUCUUUUAAAUAUGUCUGACUCUUACACUGUUUCUUAUCUUUUGAGAGUUUUGAAACCUGGUUAUCAACAAGUUUUCACGAGUUUAUACGGUCAAUUUAAAAAAUAUCACAAAUACUCGGGAAAAAUUUAA